CGCAUCUCCCUCCCGUUGCUUCCCGUCCGCCCGUCCUUCGGCCUCAUCAAGACACCGCCCUCCAGGCCCAUAUCCAUACCCGGAUCGAUCAAGCCCGAACCCGAGCCGCUGCUCUCGAUCCACCCUCAAUCACCCUGCAGGCCGCAUCCUUGCCUGUCUCUGUCGCUUGCUCGCUUGCUCGCUUGCUCGCCGAAUGGCUGACCCUGCCCAGCACGCUCCGGCAGACAUGCCCGAUACCACCGACACACUCUCGCCGACAGCCGACUUUGCGUCCUCGCCCGACCAAACAGCCGCAGUCGGCCUGCCGAUUCGCCGCCCUGUCGUGAGACUGCCUUCUGAAAUCGUCAUGACCAUCCUGCACUUUGCCCGGCUUUGCAACAAAGACAUUUCAUCAUGCUGUCUCGUCAGUCGCUCCUGGAAUGCAUGCGCAACGCCCAUGCUGUAUCGCAGCAUCCGGAACGAGAAGGCACUCCUGUCUGUUCUGACACCGGUCUUGCUGGAGCCAAACGGAUUUCAUUCGCGGCUGGCGAUGGUUCGCAGUCUCUCCUUGCAGGGAUUCCGUGGAGGCAUUGCUUCACAACGCGGAAGUCUCGAGAUCAUGUUCUACAAACUCCACAGGCUGCAGAAACUCGUAUUGGAGGAUUACUUUGACGAGUGCUUCGAGUCACUCCCGCCCGUUCUCUCGUCGCCACUACGCAUCACCGAGCUGGAGGUUCGGGUCUGGUGGUCGACCAUGAUCGAACACCUCAUCAGCUUCCUCAAAAAUACGCCGCGACUUAGGAAGCUCACCUUCACCGCCCCAAAGCUGAUCGAGCACCAUUUUUUGCGCGUGCUCGAGAGCUGCGGCUCCUCUCUUGAAGAGCUGUCAAUGGGCGGCGACUUGUGGAUGAAUCCAAUCGGCAGCCUCGAGUUCGCCGCUCGCCUUCCCGAGCGAUGCCCAAACCUCUCGAUUCUGACUCUCUCGCACUGCACGCUGCUCACGGACACAUCGCUGCGGCUGCUGCUUUCGAAGCUGGGAGGCCGUCUGCAAACUCUCAACAUCCAAUUCGUCCCCCAGUUGACCGACCAAGUUAUCGCCGCCAUCCCACACACAUCCCCAAACCUCGUCAGUCUACGACUCUAUGAUUUCCCCAACAUCACCGAGCCGGCUGUCGCCUCGCUCUUGAAGUCGUCUGGAUCGCUUCGUCAUCUGUCGCUGGGCUUCCUUCCCAUCGGCGACAGCUCUCUGCGGGCGAUUGCAGCCCAUGGUCACCACCUGGAAACACUCGAGUUUUACGAAUGCAACGUCCUCUUCAACAUUGCCUCGCUCUGGGCAGACCAGAGCCUCUCUUUGACGAACCUUACUGCUCUGCGACUGUCCUGGUGCCGGUCGCUGCGGCUUGUUGAGGAAGACACCAGCCCAGCAACAGAUGCUCUCGUAUCCCAAGCAGCACCAGCCGACGGAACCCCCCAUCGCAGCUGUGCGCCGACCCCCAAUGCCGUCACCGGCUGCAACGAGCUUCUCGAGAGGGUGUAUUUGCCUCAUCUCGAGCAUCUGGAGAUCAAGUACUGCAACAGCCUCGCCCCGGCGGACAUGCUCAGGCUGGUCAGUCGCUGCCCCGAUCUCAAGUGGUGCCAGGUGAUCGGACGAGGGCUCGACAAAACGUUCAUGAACCAGGUGCAGCUGCGUCUGCAGCAUCUGCAGCGGGUGCGCAAGACCGGCGUCGAGGGUCAGUCCGCCCUGUUGAAAAAGUAAGCGCUUCUCGUCAAGGAUGGUGACGGGGCGGGACACGAUGACGGUUGAAUACAAGUAUCUAUUGAUGCCGGUUCCCUCAAA